GUAAGGGAAGUAACUCUAACUAGUUUUCCGAUUUAGGCCUAGCUGUCACAACGCGCGAAAGCACCUGGAAUCCGAAGCAAAACAAUCUGGAAAGAGUCCUGUGAAAAUGUCUAGUCCAGCUCAAAAGGUUACCAGGAACCAUCGUGAAAUGUACAAAGCUAAAACACCUCCAUGGAAAGAAAAGUACCGACAGAGGUGCCUGGACAGAUUGAGACAAAGCAGAGAAAAACUGCAGGCCAAAUUCAGAAAACUAGGAGAUAUGGACUCCAAUAAGAUGGAAGACGACACAUUUAUCAGUGACUUGAUGAAAGAGGAGCUACAGGGUCUGAAGGAGUCGUUGAAGCACCCUGGAUCUCAAGCAACUGAGGUUGAUGACUUUGAUAUUGGUGAUCUCACAACAGACAUUGAUAAUGUGCUGACUUUGUUUGAAGACAUACAAGCAGAACUCAAAAUGGAAGAGCUGAAGUUAAUAGAAGAAUUUGAAAGGUAUGAAUCAAGUUUGAAAGAGGAGGAAGCUAUAUUGUGUAGUGCCAUUGAAGAGCUAUGUACAGACGAAGUCAUUUGUCCCGUUUGUCAGAAAAGUCCUUUGAUGAUCAACAAAUCUGUGAUAUUCUGUCAGUGUGGCGUGAGAGUAAAUACUGAGGAGGACUGUUUGACAUUGGUACAUGUGAAACAUCUAUUGGAUGAAGGUAUGACUGGUCACACAGCUGUGUGUGAUGGCCAAGCAAUCUUUGCUGUUGUACAGGAUCUUGGAACUCAGAACCUCCUCAUGUCAUGCAAGCACUGUGAUUGGAUGUCCAUUGUGAUAUAAAUGUUCCCUCAAGGUUGAUGAUAGAAGAAAGAUCUGUAACAGAUUUCCUUGUUGUUGUGGGCAGAGAAAUCCAAUGGGAUGAUUCCUGUCAUCCUGUCAAUAACUAGUCCUGUCACAAUCUGACACAUCAACACAGUUCUCCUGUUCAGUUACACGGUGCUGCCAUAGAUAUCUUAAGAGGUCACCUAAUACAUUGUCACCACUAACUAUUAAUACUGAAGCCUGACUGUAAAGAAAUGGUAUGUAUAUGUUGAAUUAUAUAUUUGUGUGGAAAAGGCUCAACCACUGUUACAUCUUGUCACCCUGCAAGCCUGACUAAUAAUAUCUUAUAUUUUGAUUUGGACUAGGUAAAUAUUGGACUGGGUUCCAACCAUGUAAUGAUUUGACAUUGUACAUGAAUAUGAGAUUAGGUGUGAUAUGUGAUGUCAUACAGUAUGUAAAAGUUAUAUUGUACAGUGUAUACAAUAUAUGGUAUACAGUGUGUAAAGUUAUAUGGCAGAGUAUGUAAAAGUUAUGUGUAUACAAUGUGUAAAGUUAUGUGUAUACAAUGUGUGUAUACAAUGUGUAAAAGUUAUGUGUAUACAGUGUGUAAACAAUGUGUAAAAGUUAUGUGUAUACAAUGUGUGUAUACAAUGUGUAAAAGUUAUGUGUAUACAAUGUAAAACUUAUGUGUAUGGUUGUAUACCAUAUAUUUUAUACACUGUACACAUAACUUUUACACAUUGUAUACACAGUGUGUACAGUUAUAUGGCAGAGUAUGUAAAAGUUAUGUGUAUACAGUGUGUAAACAAUGUGUAAAAGUUAUGUAUACAGUGUAUAAAAUAUAUGGUUGUAUACACAUAACUUUUACACAUUGUUUACACACUGUAUACGCAUAACUUUUACACAUUGUAUACACACUGUAUACACAGUGUGUACAGUUAUAUGGCACAGUAUGUAAAAGUUAUGUGUAUACUGUGUAAAAUUUGUGUGUAUACAGUGUGUAAAAGUUAUGUAUACAGGGUAUAAAAUAUAUGGUAUACAGUAAGUGUGUACAGUUAUAUGGCACAGUAUGUAAAAGUUAUGUGUAUACAAUGUGUAAAAGUUAUGUGUAUACAAUGUGUAAAAGUUAUGUGUAUACAAUGUGUAAAAGUUAUGUGUCAGUGUAUAGAAUGUGUAAAAGUUAUGUGUAUACAGUGUGUAAAAGUUAUGUGUAUACAGUGUAAACAAUAUGUGUAUACAGUGUGAAAAAGUUAUGUAUACAGUGUGUAAAAGUUGUGUAUACAGUUUGUAAAAGUUACACAUACAACGUGUAAAAGUUAUGUGUAUACAAUGUGUAAAAGUUAUGUGUAUACAGUGUGUAAAAGUUAUGUGUAUACAGUGUUUAAAAGUUAUGUAUACAGUGUUUAAAAGUUAUGUGUAUACAGUGUGUAAAAGUUAUGUGUAUACAAUGUGUAAAAGUUAUGUGUAUACAGUGUAAACAAUAUGUGUAUACAGUGUGUAAAAGUUAUGUAUACAGUGUGUAAAAGUUAUGUAUACAGUGUGUAAAAGUUACACAUACAAUGUGUAAAAGUUAUGUUAUACAAUGUAAAAGGCGUGUCAAACACUUUGUUGAUAUGGACAAGUUAUGUCAAACAGUCUGUUGAUGUUGACAAGUUAUGUCAAACAGUCUGUUGAUGUGGACAAGUUAUGUCAAUAUGUAAAUGUGACAUUUUACAUUGUGUACUGAUACAUCGCGCAAUGUGGUUUAAAGUUACUCAUUACGAUUUGUGAGUUAUAAGGUAAUCUGAUCUAUAGCCAUUGUGCUUCGUCUGUCUCGCAAACUUUUCACAUUUCAAACUUUUUCUCAGGUUCCACUGGUUGACUUCAUCUUAGAUUUUUUAUCGAAAUGAUCCUGAUAUAGUCCUGACCAGGUGUUGUUAUUUUUCGGGUCGGUCUGAAAUCCAAGGUGCCGUCAUCUUGAAAAUCACAUUUUAAUCUUCUCCAGUUCCACUGGUGCCCUUGAGCGCGGAAUGUAUGGGGAUGGCAAAUACUCUUGGGAUAUGUCUUGACAAAAUUGAAGGCUUGCAGGCAACCAGUUGAUUUGUUACUGACACAAAUGACUAAAAUGCUUGGCUGACACCAGUAUAUUGUAUAUCUUUCCUUUGAAACUUUAAAAAGGUGAUACCCCUAGAAAAUGUCAACAUUACCUUUAUACUCUAUCGUAAUUCCUUUGGAGGAGACCACGUGUAUGUAGGAUUACUUUACAGAAGGGAAGUAACUCUGGUAGAUCAGAAUGCAGAUUCCAAAUUUUGUUAACUUGUAUUACCGGUAUGUUGAAAGAUGAUUUUGAUGAAUAAUCUAUGGUAAAUUGAGCUUUCAUUUAACUAUAUGUUGUACAUGUCAGUUGUAGUUAACUAUUUAUUAAAUUAUUUUUUAUAUAAACAUGUUUCAAUAAAAUGUUGUUUGUUAUAAA